CCGAAUUUGCCAAGAAAAAAACAUCUGAUGGAACAACUCCAUUAGUCGAUGGCCGUGACUAUACUAUGAAAUUAAUUGAAAAAAAGUUGACACCACCUUUAACUGAUCAUGAUAUUAGUAUCAUUCAUCAGUGGGCAAAAAAAAUUGCUCAAGAGUCAAUAAAACUGCAUGAAAAUCCUAUGGGAAUUGGAUAUGUAGUUGAUCGAAGUUUAGGAACAGAUAAACAUGUUUUUAGUAUUUUAGGACCUCAUUUAGGACAUUAUUAUGGUGAUAUUACUAUUGUCUGCAAAAAGGAAAUAAUGUUUCAUCUCGAUGCCAAUUUUUCCAUUCAAGCUGGAACUAGUUUUGGUCCUAGCGGAAAUGCUUACAAACGUUCAUAA